AUGGCUCAUCACCAUACCAUUUCAGAUCUAGUUGGGAAACUAAUGACAAAAUUGGAGGUUAACUGCAACCCUGACAAAUAUUACAAAAUUUUUAAGCAUCACGAAGACCUUCCGAACGCAAUACCUCAUAUUUACAAAGGCGUCAAAGCUGUCGAGGGAGACGGAAUUACUUCUGGUUGUACCAAGGAGUGGAACUAUAUUAUUGAAGGUCAAUCCCUUACCGUCAAGGAGAAAACUACGUACGACGAUGAAACAAGGAAAAUUCAUUACAGUGCGGUGGAAGGAGUACUGUUAGAUGAUUACAAGAAGUUCGAUGCAACACUAACAGUUAAUCCAAAGGAUAAUGGACAUGGAAGCACCGUGAGUUGGGUAAUAGAUUAUAAGAAGAUUAAUGAAGAUUCUCUGGUUCCUUUUCCUUAUCUGGCUCAUUUCCAUCAUAUCAUCGAAGACUUGAACUCUCACCUCUGCGCUUCUGAGUGA